GGGGGGGGGGGUUCUCCACCACCUGAGCCCUGUUUCCUCGCAGGGAGACCGCCCUGUUAUGGCAGAAAAGCAGAUACACGUGGAAGGAAUGAUGGAGCCAGGAAACCACCGCACCCGUGGGUGACUGUUUGCUAAGGAGCAAGGUGGUCACAUACCCACUCUCAAGGUGUCUCCUGUGUUCAAAGAGAAACAGUAACUUGACCGCAGAGGCACCUGGCAGACCGCAUCCCACCCAAGUGUUUGGAUUUAUAUCAGCAGCGAUAGGACAAACCAGCAUGAUGAGCCUCCUGACAGAAUGCCCUGAGAAGGACACAAUGUCACUUCUAGGCUAUUCCUGCCCGUUACGGGCUGAAUUGUUCCCCCCUACCCCCCCCCCCCCCCGUUCGUAUGUGGAAGCCCAACCCCCAGCACCUUGGAAUGUGGCUGUAUUUGGAGACAGGGCCUUUAGGGGGUGAUUAAGUUAAAAUAAGCCUGUGAGGGUGGGCUCUAAUCCAGUCUGACUGGUGUCCUUAUAAGAGGAGGAAAUCUGGACCCACAGAGAGCCAAGAGAAGACCACAUGAGGACACGGCGAGGAGGCAGCCAUCGGCAAGCCAAGGAGAGUGGCUGCAGGAGAAACCAGACCUGCCAACACCUUGGCCUUGGACUUCCAACCUCCAGAACUGUGAGAGAAUAAAUUUCUAUUGUUGAAGCCGCCUACGUGGCUGUAUUUUGUUACAGCAGACCCAGCAAACUAAUACACCGCCAAAAAUGCAUAGCCUGGAUCUAAGCAGGAGGACACGCCAGACAAAGCCGAGGGAGGGCCAUCCUGUAAAGAAACUGGCCUGUACUCCUCAAAACAUCAAGGGUAUGAAGAACAAAGAAUCACGGACUGUGCCAGGUCGGAAAAGCCUAAAGAAGCACCAUCUGGGUCUUGUAUUGGAUCCUAGUCGAGGAAAAACAAACUUUGCCCUUUGCUGUAAAAGUCACGAUUAGGACAGUUGGGGAGCUGAGUAAGGUUUGUACGUGAGACACUGGUGCUAUGCCAGUGUUGAUCUGGUUCGGAUCAUUUUCCUUGUGUUUUAGGAAGUACCGUCUGCAGUGUUUGGGGGUAAAGGAGGACCAUCUGCAACCAGCUCUCAGAUGAGAAGGGAGAAAGUGUGGACGUGGGUGUCUGUGUACAUAACAGAAAGAGCUAAGAGGAAGAGCUAAAACAAACGUGAAGAGACACAGCGUUGAAAAAUAAAGUGCAACUGAGUACGUUUUAAACGUCCCCUUGGCUUUCUGCGACCGUUCAUGAAUCCUGCAACAUCCAGUCUAACAGGAAGGCGCCCUGAGGAGCUGUCCAAAAAGACUUUUCUAGGCAGAAGGGAGUGAGGGCUCGUGUUCACCGGAAGCGGGGCUUGAGCUCACCUGAUGUGGGACUCGAACUCACAAACCAUGAGAUCAUGCCCUAUACCGAAGUCAGAUGCUUAACUGACUGAGCCACCCAGGCACCCCCUUUUGUCUUGUUUUUAACAACAGCUAACAUUCAAGGAAUCUACGUGAAGGGUAUAGGGAGAUUCUUUUCAGUAAGUCUGAAAUGCUUUCAAACUAACUUUAAAGCCUUCCCUUGUCCUUCAGGAAAAACCCCCCUCACCAGCCCCACCCCCUCCAGGGGCCCAGACCAGCCUGAAGUCCACGUUUGCAGCCCUAUGCCUUCAUCUCCCCCAAUUCCCUCUGCCUCAACACAGUACCCCCACCACCAUCCCCUGUGCCCCCCACACUUCUGACCACCCCUACCCCGGCCUGGCCCAUCCCUUAACCCGCUCUGUACCCCGGGUGACCCACCGAGCUUCCCCCACGUAAACUCUCGUCACGGCAGACCUCGUCACCGCCAAGCGCUAAGUCGUGACCACAGAGAACUUGUCCCGCCCGUUCUUCGUCGCCGUCCAUCUUUCUGUUCACACUGCGAGGUUGGAUUAUCAUCCCCAAUUCACAAGCCGGAAAAGGAAGCAGAGAAAAGUGGCAUGGCCCGGCUAGAAAGAAGCAGGGGCUGGGUUGGAGCCUGACUCUUAAGGACCGAUCCACCACGCGCCAGCUGCCGUGGCCCACGCUCAGCGGCAUUGGCUAAGGCUGGUGGGGCCGGGGCGAGGCGCUCCCCUGACAUGAGGACGGCGGUAAUGAGGCUUUGGGACAGCCUGGCACGUGGGGAGCCCUGCCACCUGUGAGCCAGUCUGCUUGUGGUUAAUAGACUUUACUUCUCUGAACUGCCCAGGAUUUAGCACAGAGGUCCCAGGUUCCCCGCACCCAGGGCCCCGUACAGUUACCGUCUCACAUUGGGGCAGUACGUUUAUUGGUUGAUGAACCACUGUCGAUCCACUGUUACGAACCUAAGUCCAUUUCCUUGGCCUCUACCUAACGUCCUUGUUCUGCGCCAGGAUCCCAUCCAGGAGGCCCCGUUAUAUUUAUUGUCCGUCCUUGUUAUUUUCCAUUAGUAACAGCCACGGUCCCAUUGAUGUCCUGACCCUCAGGACAGCCCUGUGAGGGGCCACUAGUCUGUUUACCAACCUGUCCACCCACCAUCCAUCUGCACACUCUUAGGGCAGGGGCAGUGUCUCGGCCUCUGGGGCCUGCACAGCCGUCCGAGGGCCCGGUUAGUAAAUUAACCCAGCCUGCUGCCCGCCCCCACGGCCCCUGCAGCUCUCAGUGGCCCGGAGGCCCCAGUGCAGACAGGAGGCCCUGGAGAGCCAGACUGGGCAGGGAAGGGAUGAUGAGGGACUUGGAACCACCCCCUCCACCUGCCUGCAGCCUCAACCGUACCAGAAGAUUCCCUCCUCCCCACCUCCCAGCCAGGAUCACUCAGCGGAGCCAGCAUCAACCCCCAGCUGGAAGGCAGGAAGUCAGGGUGAGGGGCAAUUUUCAGAGCACCUUCAGGGCCCAGGCCUGGGAGGGUGCCUUCUUUGGCCUUCAGGGAGGGAAUUUCACCAGAGCCCCUGGUGGCCAGGCUCCUCCAGGUGGGCCCCCUUUGCCCCUAGAAGUUUCCAGUCACCAUCUCCCCCAUAUAAGGCCUGGGCGUCACCGGGUCAUGAGUGAGUGGGGAUCGUUAUGGUGGCCGUGGUGUAUUUGAUGACAAGAGCCUCGGCCAUGGUCUGGAAUGGCUGCGUGGCAUUGCUGCUGCUGCUGGUGGCCGCUCUGGGGCUGGGGCAGCAGCCGCACCCUGAGCCUGGUCUCCGGGGCCUGCGGCACAGCUCUGACUGUGGGAUCAAGGGCAUGCAGCUGCUGGUGUUCCCCCGGCCGGGCCAGACCGUCCGCUUCAAGGUCGUAGAUGAAUUUGGGAACCAAUUCGAGGUCCACAACUGCUCUGUCUGCUACCACUGGGUCACCGCCAGGCCCCUGGGACCUGCCGUCUUCUCCGCUGACUACAGAGGUUGCCACGUGCUGGAGAAGGACGGGCGCUUCCACCUGAGGGUGUUCGUAGAAGCCAUGCUGCGCGACGGUCGAGUUGACGCGGCAGGAGAGGUCACCCUGAUCUGUCCUAAACCUGGCCACACCUGGACUCCGGAGUCCCACCUGGCCUCACGCACAGGCUUCUCCCUGCCUACCCCUCAUACCCGGCCCCUCCGCCCCACCCAGGAGCACAGCUUCACCCGUCCGACCCCUGCCCUGCUGCCCCUUAGACCUGGAGCCACCCGUCCCACCCUGACUCUGCCCCAGUGGGACAUCUUGGAACACUGGGGGGUUGACGAGCCCCUUCACCCAGGGGCACCUCUGACCUGGGAGCAGUGCCAGGUGCCCUCUGGGCACAUCCCCUGUGUGGUGAGAAGAGGUUCGAAGGAAGCCUGUCAGAAGGCUGGCUGCUGCUAUGACCACAGCAGAGCGGUUCCCUGUUACUAUGGCAACACAGCAACUGUCCAGUGCUUCAGAAAUGGCCAUUUCGUCCUGGUGGUGUCCCAAGAAACAGCCUUGGCACAUGGGAUCACCCUGGCCAACAUCCACGUGGCCUAUGCCCCCACCAGCUGCUCCCCGACUCAGGACACGGGGUCCUUCGUGGUCUUCCAAUUCCCUCUGACCCACUGUGGGACCACCGUCCAGGUGGUUGGCAACCAGCUCCUCUAUGAGAACCAGCUGGUGUCAGACAUCGACGUCCGAAUGGGGCCACAGGGCUCCAUCACACGGGAUGGCGCCUUCCGGCUUCACGUGCGCUGUACCAUCAAUGCCAGUGACUUCCUGCCGCUCCAGGCGUCUAUCUUCCCACGCCCCUCGCCGGCCCCCGUGAUCCAGUCCGGCCCCCUGCGGUUCCAGCUGCGGAUCGCUACGGAUGAGACUUUCCGCUCCUUCUACGAGGAGGGGGACUACCCCAUCGUGAGGCUGCUCCGCGAGCCUGUGUCCGUGGAGGUCCGGCUCCUGGACAGGACAGACCCCGGUCUGGUCCUGCUGCUGCACCGGUGCUGGGCCACUCCCAGUGUCAGCCCCUUCCAGCAGCCUCAGUGGCCCAUCCUGUCAGAGGGGUGUCCUUUCGACGGUGACAGCUACAGGACCCGAAUGGUAGCCUCAGACGGGGCAGGGCUGUCCUUCCCAUCACACCACCAGCGCUUUACCGUCACCACCUUCGCCCUCCUGGACCCUGACUCCCAGAGGGCCCUCAGGGGACAGGUUUACUUCUUCUGCCACUCCUCCGCCUGCUGCCCCUCGGGGCUGGAGACGUGCUCGACCACGUGCAGCUCUAGGCCCGCUAGACAGCGACGAUCGUACACUCCGCGCGGCAUGGCCACCAGGCCGCAGAACCUCGUGAGCUCUCCAGGGCCAGUGGACUUUGAGGAUUCCUCCGGGCAGGAGCCCCCGCUGGGGCCCACAGGCUCCCCCAGGAACGCUAACCAGAGGCCUCUCCUCUGGGUGGUCCUUCUGCUGGUGGCUGUGGCCCUGGUCCUUGGGGUCGGGGUUCUCGCGGGCCUGAGCGAAGAAGCCCAGAAGCUCCAGGAGGGCGACAGAGGGCGACUGGGCUCAAUAAAGCACCGUGUCCAGCCUGCCCAGCGGGUGUGGAAAGCUAUUCGUGGCGACUAGAAAGAUUCGGUCUCAGAAGCGUGUUCCUUCGUGUCAGGUCUGUCGUGUCAGAACCGUGACCUCUUCGACAAAUACUUAAUAUGGGCCGCGCCCUGGGCAGAGUCCGGUGUCUCCCAAGGCUGAUUCGGGAGACUUUGCCUUUCAGCAAGGAGAGACGGCAUUCCAGAGAGAACCAGAUAAGCGAGGGUAGAGGAGGGUACAAUCACAGCAGAGUCCGAGCCCCAGUAGGUAGGAAUGGGGAGCCCCGAGGGUGAAAUGGCCCGUGAAGGCCUGACCCUGUCGCCCAGACCUGGGAGUUCUGACUUUCUCACAGCACGCUGCUCAGCUCCCCAUGGGGAAGGGGCACCCAGAGCUCCUGGGGCCUUGAAGGAACUCUUCAGUCUUGCUCUGAGCCUCAGCUUCCCGCUAAAGGAUGCUGGGGCCCGCCAGCCUCCCUCUCCCCUCCUUCAGCACACGCCACCCCCCCCCCCCCCCCGCCAGACUAGUCCACUCCCGG